CUCGUAUCUAGAUCAAAUUGCGUCCUGGCACGUAUGUUUUUGUGACAUGCAUCAGUGGUGCUCAUCAGACAUUAUCUGCUCAGAGUUUCCAUCACACUGCAACACAUACAGUAUGUGGAUUGAAUGACCGAUUGAGAGAGAGAAAUACAGAGAGAGAGCGAGAGCGUCGACAAUGCUUAAUAAUCAACGUGUGUGGGGUGAGAUUUUCCUCGUAAGAUGUUUUCUCUCCUUCUGAUUGACAGGCCAAUAUCUGCCUACUUAAUACAUCUUCAUCACAUUUUGGGGGUCCUGCUUCCAAGGCCUUUUCACAGGCUGUCAAUCAGCUCUCCUAGAUCUCGAGUGUAAAUGCCAUACUACAGAUGGGAGAGAACUGGGGCUUCAGAUAGACAUGGCUUCCAACCGCCUUCCAUUCAAUUCUCAUGGUUUAGAAGGGGGUGGUGCAAAACUCAUUCCAUGCUGAGCCGAGUGUCUGUUGAUUCUUGUUAUUUUCUUUCAAUUUGUGUCCACUUUAGACCUAGACAACCAGGUAAGGGGAUUUCCUAACUAAUCCGUGACCUUAAUUGAUCAAUCAUGUACAAUAGAGGAGAGAAAACCGCAGACACUCGUCCUUCCAUGAAAUGAGUUUGACACCUGUGCCACUUGUCAGGAUACAAAGCCAGCUUUUUGCAUGAUUCUACAUGGGCAUAUUAUGAGAGCCUUGUGGCCAGCUGUGAAGGAAAGUACCUACUAUAUAUACAUGCCAUUUAGCAGAUGCUUAUUUCACAUUUGCAUAUGGUGGACCCAGCUGGAAUUGAAACCACGACUCUUGACGUUGCAAGCCCCCAUGCUCUACCGACUUAGCUGCACAGGACCAAACUGAACGGUGAGAGUUCUUCACUAGCCUGCUGGGUCUGACAGAGGAACACUUGUUACUCCUACUGGUUGGUAAGUGGCAAUCUCACACAGCAGGAACUACUCCAGUUUGGACCUGAACAAAGAUGGAGAAACAGAUGGAUAAAACAAACUUUACUUGCGUGACAAUCUCUCAAAGCCCUAUCAGUGACUUCCUGAUGGGCAUCUACAUCCUGGCCUUUAUCCUGGGCUUGGCCUUUAACCUCUUGACCCUUGGCCCCAUCGUCCAGCAGGUCCGCAGCCAGAACGUCCUUGGGGUAUUCCUGCUCAACCUGUCCCUGUCUGACAUACUCUAUAUCCUCACCAUGCCUCUCUGGAUCAACUACUACCACCAGGACCACCACUGGAGCCUGGGCAGCCUGUCCUGCAGCGUGGCCGGCUUCUUCUACUACUCCAACAUGUACCUUAGUAUCUACCUGCUGUGCUGCAUCUCUGUGGACCGCUGCCUGGCCGUCACCUACCCCCUGAGGACCAAGGCCUUCCGCAGCAUACGCUACGCCUGGGUGCUGUGUCUGGUUGUGUGCGUGGCUGUCAUGUCCGCACACGGCCUGGUGCUGUUCAAGGACAACCUGCAGGACGCCCACGACGACACGCAGGACCGCUGCUACGAGACCUACCCCAUGCCAAAGCCCGUGGCCCUGUUCAACCUGCUGCGGGUGGGCAUCGGCUUCCUGCUGCCCCUGCUGGUGCUGGGGCUCUGUUACUGGAGGAUCAUGGGCCAGGUGAAGCAGAGCGAGGGGCUGGGGGAGCAGGUUAAGAGGAAGGUACGGCUGCUCUCCUUCGGGGUGAUGGGGAUUUUCUCUGUGUGCUUCGCCCCCUACCAUCUCCUCCUGCUGACCCGUUCCCUGGCCUACUACUAUAUGGGCAGAGAGAGGUACUGUGAGUUUGAGGAGAUCAUGCACUUCCCCUUCUCGUGCACGCUGGCCCUGUCCAGCCUGAACAGUGUGGUGGACCCAGUGCUGUAUGUGCUGAUCAGUAACGGGGUGAGGGAGGACAUGAGACUGUGCUGCUGUGGGAAUAGAAAGAGUCAAAGGGAGAGAGACAGUUCCGUCAUCGCAGUAACAUGGAAGACACAUACAAACAUGAAAUGAUUACAUAGUGUUUGUGUGCAGGGUUGGGUAGGUUACUUUCUAAAUGUAAUCAAUUACAGUUACUAGUUACCUGUCUAAAAUUGUAAUCCGUAACGUAACUUUUGAAUUACCCAAACUCCCUUUCUGUUACUUUUGGAUUACUUUCCCUUUGAGGCAUUAGAAGAAGACGAAAAUUAUCCAUCAAACGCAUUUGGUGUGUCAUCAUAGUGAUCCCUGACUCGCUCAGGUGGAACAAACGGAUGCUUUUUCAAUACUGAAUUGAAUACCAUUGAGAAAACAACAUCCUUUCUGAAUUUAAAAGUAAUCUAAGAAGUAAUCUAGUUUUUCAAAAAUAUCUGUAAUCUGAUUAUAAUAUUCUUGCUGGUAACGUAAUUGAAUACAGUUAUUUUUUUUGUAAUCAGAUUACAUGUAACUGAGCGUGUCUGUUGUAUUUAUGCCCUUCCAUCUACUGCAGUAAAUCCCUUCCGUGCACAUUGUAAAAAAAGGACAGCAGGUUUGGCUGUGGGACUUCAAUAACAUGUUCUUUCAUAUCAACCCACUUCCAUGGACAAUCAGUCAAUCAGGUUGUCCUUAAAAUGUUCAAAGAACAGGACUGCAGCCUUUGUGUAGUUUUUCUAAUAUCCUGCUUGGUGAUGAGGAUGGAUAUUCAUUCAUAUGCAUCAUGUUCUUUUUAAUUGGAGCUUUCUCUUAAUGCCAGUCCUCAUUGGAAUGGAAAAUCCUUUCAAAGGCUGUCUGUUCUGGCUUUAUGUUACAGGGUCGUUCCGCUUGAAGGGCCCUUGUAUCUCUUCAGGCCAGAGGUUUUUGUUGAUAUACGCUUGGUUUACAAAUGAACCUUUUAUAUUCUAAUUUUCCUGCUUUGUGGACCGACAAAUGAGAACAUUGUUCAAUUUCGCAUUUAUCCUAAACAAAAUCUAUGUAGUAAACUGGUGUUGAAAUCCCAGAAAAUACAGUACGGGACAAUGAAGACAUGUUGACAAUGUUCAUCCAAUAAACAAAAAAAGGAAGCUA